AUGGCAAUCUCACCGGCAAAAGACGUGAACGUGAUGAGUAACAACGCGCUGAUCAAACCGUCGGAAUUGGAAGCUCGUAUCCCCCUCACUGCAACGGCCGAGGAAGUGGUGCUCGAUAGCCGCCGCCAACUUGAGGCCGUGCUGAACGGCGAAGACGAGCGGUUUGCGGUUAUCGUCGGCCCUUGCUCCAUCCACGACCAGUCGGGUGCGCUUGAUUACGCGGCGCGCCUCAAGCCUCUCGCCGACCGACUCAGCGACCGCAUCAUGAUCGUGAUGCGUGUGUACUUCGAGAAACCUCGCACCACCGUCGGUUGGAAGGGCCUGAUCUAUGACCCCAACCUCAACGACACCUACCAAAUCGAAGACGGCCUCCACCGCGCUCGCAAACUCCUGAUGGAGAUCGCGGAAACCGGCCUGAGUUCCGCCACCGAAUUCCUCGAUCCCAUUGUGCCCCAGUACGUGUCCGAUCUGGUCACCUGGGCCGCCAUCGGCGCGCGGACCACCGAGAGCCAGAUACAUCGCCAGAUGGCUUCCGGCCUGUCGAUGCCCGUCGGCUUCAAGAACGGCACCGACGGAGAUCCCCAAACGGCGGUGGACGCCCUCGUCGCCGCCAGCACCCCACAGGCUUUCCUCGGCAUAGACCACGACGGCCAGGCCUCCAUCGUUGAGACCCGGGGUAACCGCCACUGCCACCUGGUCAUGCGGGGCGGCCGCAGUGGUACCAACUUCGACGCCCGCUCCAUCGGCGCCGCCGCGGAAGCUCUCCGUAAAGCCGAUGCGCCCACGCCGAUAGUGGUGGACUGCAGCCACGGCAAUUCCAACAAGGACCACACCCGCCAGCACAUUGCCUUCCGGGAAGUUCUGCAACAGCGUUUGGCUGGCAACUCCGACCUCAUCGGGGUCAUGCUCGAGAGCAACAUCAACGCUGGCGCGCAGAAGCUCGGCGCGGAUCCUGCCGAACUGGAGUACGGUAUCUCAAUUACCGACUCCUGCAUCGGUUGGGACGAGACAGUCGACCUGCUGGAUUGGGCCUACGAAGCCAUCGGUAGCGACGUCGCCGUACCGGCAGAUUAG